AUGAUGAGCUUCAGCGGCGCGGACGCGCUGCUGGGCGCCCCGUUCGCGCCGCUACAUGGAGGCGGCAGCCUGCACUACGCGCUGGCCCGCAAGGGCGGAGCGCGUUCUGCUGCCGGCUCAUCCAGCGGCUUCCACUCCUGGGCGCGGACAUCCGUGAGCUCCGUAUCGGCCUCGCCGGCCCGCUUCCGCGGUGCAGGAGCCACCUCGAGCACCGACUCGCUAGAUACGUUGAGCAACGGACCGGAGGGCUGCGUGGUGGCAGCAGCGGCAGCCCGCAGCGAGAAGGAGCAGCUGCAGGCGCUGAACGACCGUUUCGCCGGCUACAUCGACAAGGUGCGGCAGCUCGAAGCACAUAACCGCAGCCUGGAAGGCGAGGCGGCGGCGCUGCGGCAGCAGCAGGCGGGCCGCUCCGCCAUGGGCGAGCUGUAUGAGCGAGAGGUACGCGAGAUGCGCGGUGCAGUGCUGCGCCUAGGCGCGGCGCGCGGCCAGCUGCGCCUGGAGCAGGAGCACCUGCUGGAAGACAUCGCGCACGUGCGCCAGCGCCUAGACGACGAGGCCCGGCAGCGGGAGGAAGCUGAGGCGGCAGCGCGCGCACUCGCGCGCUUUGCGCAGGAGGCUGAGGCGGCACGCGUCGAGCUGCAGAAGAAAGCGCAAGCACUGCAGGAAGAGUGCGGCUACCUGCGGCGUCACCACCAGGAGGAGGUGGGCGAGCUGCUCGGCCAAAUCCAGGGCUGCGGCGCCGCGCAGGCGCAGGCGCAGGCCGAGGCGCGCGACGCCCUUAAGUGCGACGUGACGUCGGCGCUGCGCGAAAUCCGCGCGCAACUCGAAGGCCACGCGGUGCAGAGCACGCUUCAGUCGGAGGAGUGGUUCAGAGUGAGGCUGGACAGACUCUCAGAGGCAGCCAAGGUGAACACAGAUGCCAUGCGCUCAGCACAGGAGGAGAUAACUGAGUAUCGGCGCCAGCUACAGGCCAGGACCACAGAGCUAGAGGCGCUCAAAGGCACCAAGGACUCAUUAGAGAGGCAACGCUCUGAGCUGGAGGACCGUCAUCAGGCCGAUAUCGCAUCCUACCAGGAAGCCAUCCAGCAGCUGGACACCGAGCUGAGGAACACCAAGUGGGAAAUGGCAGCCCAGCUCCGAGAGUACCAGGACCUGCUCAAUGUCAAGAUGGCUCUGGAUAUUGAGAUCGCUGCUUACAGAAAACUCCUGGAGGGCGAAGAGUGUCGGAUUGGCUUUGGCCCCAGUCCUUUCUCCCUUCCAGAAGCACUCCCCAAAAUUCCCUCUGCAGCCACUCACAUAAAGGUCAAAAGUGAAGAGAAGAUCAAGGUGGUAGAAAAGUCAGAGAAGGAAACUGUGAUUUUGGAGGAACAGACAGAGGAGAUCCAAGUGACUGAAGAAGUGACUGAAGAAGAAGAGAAAGAGGCCAAAGAGGAGAAGGGUGAGGAGGAGGAAGCAGAAGGAGGAGAAGAAGAAACAAAAUCUCCCUCAGCAGAAGAGGCUGCAUCUCCAGAGAAGGAGGAGGCCAAGUCACCAGUUGGAGCCAAGUCCCCGGUGAAGGAAGAAGCUAAGUCCCCAGCCGAGGCCAAGUCCCCAGUGAAGGAAGAGGCUAAGUCACCAGAAAAGGCUAAGUCACCCAUGAAAGAAGAAGCAAAAUCACCAGCUGAGGCCAAGUCCCCUGUGAAGGAAGAGGCCAAGUCUCCAGCUGAGGUGAAGUCCCCUGAGAAAGCUAAAUCCCCUGUGAAAGAAGAAGCAAAAUCACCAACUGAGGUGAAGUCUCCAGAGAAGACCAAGUCCCCUGUGAAGGAAGAAGCAAAGUCCCCAGUGGAGGCCAAGUCCCCAGAGAAGGCCAAGUCCCCUGUGAAGGAAGAAGAGGCCAAAUCCCCUGAGAAGGCCAAGUCCCCUGAGAAGGCUAAGACUUUUGAUGUGAAGUCCCCAGAAGCCAAGACCCCAGCAAAGGAGGAAGAAAGGUCCCCUGCAGACAUCAAAUCUCCUGAAAAGGCAAAAAGCCCUGUCAAGGAGGAGGUCAAGUCCCCAGAGAAGGUGAAAUCUCCUGUGAAGGAGGAGACCAAGGCUUCUGAGAAAGAGGUCACAAAGAAGGAAGAGGCAAAGUCCCCCGUGAAGGAGGAAGAGAAACCCCAGGAAGUGAAAGUCAAAGAGCCCCCAAAGAAGGUCGAGGAAGAGAAAGCUCCAGCCACACCAAAACCUGAGGAGAAGAAGGACAGCAAGAAAGAUGAGGUGCCCAAGAAGGAGACUCCAAAGCCUGAGGUCCAGGAAAAGAAGGAACCUGCUGUGGAGAAGCCCAAAGAAUCCAAGGUUGAAGCCAAGAAAGAGGCUGAAGAUAAGAAAAAAGCAGUGACCCCAGAGAAGGAGGCUCCUGCCAAGGUGAAGGAGGAGGCCAAGCCCAAAGAGAAGGCUGAGGUGGCCAAGAAGGAGCCAGAUGAUGCCAAGGCCAAAGAACCCAGCAAAGCAGCAGAGAAGGAGCCAGAAAAGCCAAAGAAGGAAGAGACACCAGCAGCACCUGAGAAAAAAGAUGCCAAGGAGAAGACCACAGAGGCCAAGAAGCCUGAAGAGAAACCCAAAGAGGAGCCUGGCAAGGAGGCCCCCACACCUGGCAAAGCCAAAACGGAAAAGGCUGAGAAAUCCUCUAGCACAGACCAGAAAGACAGCAGGCCUCCAGAGAAGGCCACAGAAGACAAGGCCUCCAAGGGGGAGAAGUAA